CUUGUUUGCUGUUGUUCUAGCACUUGUAGAUUCUAAUCAGCUUGAUAUAUAGUGAUAUAUAUCAGUCAGGUAUACUCCAUCAGUGGCAAAUUAACUGUAACGCCAUCAGCUUCAACAAGCGCAUGGCCGGUACGUACGUCUCGUACUCUCGCGGUUGAUUGUUCAUAAAUUACGUCCUGCUCGACUAGUAAUUAACCAGAUUCAGGCAUUAAUUAGCAGGGGCGAUGCCUGGAUGGAUGAGCACCCUGAUGUCCAUCAGAAACUUCAUGUUUUCGAUCCGGGGAGUGGUAGCCCUCAGCUUCAUCGCUCACGUCGUCCUCGUGUUGCUCGCCGGAGUCCGCCGCCGUCAGGCCACCGGCGGUGCGACAUUGCUGCUGUGGUUGGCGAACCAGAUCGCCCGUUGGGCGCCGACCGCCGCGCUGGGCAUAAUAACCAACUACAGCACGGUGGCCCAUGGGAGGCUGCAGGCGACGCUCUGGGCGGCGUUCAUGCUGCUGCACGCCGCCAUGCCGGACAACAUCACCGCCUACGCCCUGGAGGACAGCGUCCUGUCGCUGCGGCAGAGGGUAGACGUGAUUGUUCAGGUGUUUGGACCCGUGUCGCCUGCCUACAUCCUGUACCUGAACACGGUCGCCAUGCCUGGCGACUCCAUGCUCUGGGUCUCCUCCUUCGUCUGCCUCAUGGCUAUCGCCAAGUACAUGGAGGGCGCGUACUACGCGCUGCAGCGAGGGAACCUGGAGAACAUGAGAAGCUCAAGAAAAAAGGAGGAGAAGAAGAAGGUGAUGAUCAGUAGGAGCCUCCAAAAUGCUAGCCGGGGUGGCAGGAAGCCGGAUGAUGAGCAGAUCCUGCUCAUUGCUCAUGAUAUGCUCUAUAUCACCAAGAAUGCCUUCAUGGAUUUUUUGGACAAAAAGAGUGAUGAUGAUGACGAGCAAGAGGCACUCUCUGGUACAUGGGAUGAGACACUGUACAAGGUUGUCAGCAUGGAGCUCUCCCUCAUGUACGACAUCCUCUACACCAAGAAGGUCAUGGUACAGACUUGGGGUGGCUACGCCAUCCGUUUUGCCUCUCCAUUCCUCGGAGCAACUGCAUUCCUGCUGUUUUGGUUCCACAGCAAGCAAGGCCAGGCGACGGCGGACGUUGUUAUCACCUACGUCUUGCUAGGUGGCGCCGUCAUCUUGGAUAUCAAAUGGCUUCUCCGAGCAGUGGUGUCCACAUGGACCUAUUCUUACCUGAAUGAUAGGCCACGAUCGUGGCUUCAUCAUGCACUUCUGUGCUCAGGGAAGUGGCGCAUGCUCCGUCGAUUCAUCCUCUCUCUGAAUCUGUUUCGGUUCCUUGUCAAUAGUAAUAAUCCAACUAGGUACAGGAUGUGGUCAGGAACCAUUGGGCAGUACAACCUGUUGAGGCAGUGCACUCGCCAGGAGGACGAGAAGACCAGCAAUUUCUGGAGCUCGCAGUGGAAGAAGAAUGCACCUGAAGACACAUGGAUGGAGUACGAAUACCACAACUCGAGAGGCAUUCAAAUUUCAAGAGAUUUCAGGAACAAGCUGUUUGACCGUGUUUGGAAAAACAUGGAGCUAGCAUUUCCAGAACGGAUACCUGUGGAGUAUCCGUUGCCACCACAUCCUUAUCCGAUGGCGCCGAUGGAAUUUGAUCUUUCUUUGCCGGCUCCUCCUCCAAAACCUAUUACUGGUUUCGAUCAGGAACUAAACGAUGCCCUGGAUUUCACUCCUGAUUUACAAGAGACCAUUCUUGUCCUGCACAUCGCCACGGACAUCUUCCUCUCUCACACGGAAUCCGGUCCAAAUCAAGAUCAGUCGGAGUGGGGGAAGUCGAUCAAGGCGUUGUCGGAUUACAUGAUGUUCCUCGUCGCGGUGCGACCCACCAUGCUCCCGGGCCUCGCACUCAGCAGCCGGUACGAAGCUCUCCUUGAUGCUUUGGGUGAACAAUGGAACGAGAUCAAAAGUUCUUCCUCCUUCAACAACUCCAUGACGAGAGAGAAGUGUCUUGCCAAAAGUCUGCUUGACAAGGAGAUGAAGAAGAAUGGAAGGACACCCAUGAGAACAUUCAAGUGGUAUCAAGGUAACAAAACUGAGAUACUGUCACCAGGAGCCUAUCUAAGUGUUCUUUACGACUCGAGUUAUAUUCUAUCUGAUGGAGCUAGACUAGCCGAUCUUCUGCUAAAAUGGAAACCUGGUUCUAAAAUCGAGAUUGGAGAUAAAGUACUUGAAGACAAACUUAAGCGGCAGUUUCCGGAUUUGAUGAAAUCCGGUGAGGUGACUGAGACUGAAUUAGAGUAUCAAAUGCCCAAGGAAGUGACAGACAUCAUCUUCAGAGAGUGGGUGCGUCUCCUAAUUAACGUGUCCAUCAGAUGUACUAGGAAUUCCCAUGCCAAGCAGCUUGCUCGUGGUGGUGAGCUCACCACCGUUGUGUGGAUCCUCGUUGAACACGCUCGCAUUCUUCGUGUGAAAAAGACGACAAAGAGGAAACCAGCAGAUAGCUACGAUGGACUAGGCAUUCAUGUGUCUCGCUACUGACAGAUAUCUAUAGCGUCUCUGAUUGAUGUGUUCAUUUGAUCUCCUUUAGUUAGGACGUUUUUCAUUUCUCCUGUGUGUGUACCUGUGUAACUCGAUCGACGAUCUGUAGCUAGUAAUUAACUAAUUUGCAGGGUUCUCAAUUAUUCUCUACACUCAAUUUACCUGUG